UAAUUUUUUUUUUAUUGUUUUAGUAAUGACUGAAACACACAAUUUGCCAUGCACCACUAAUAUUUUUCUAAUAACAAUGUGCAGUUUAUUUUAGCAAAAUUAAUGGAAGGCACACUGACAAAAAACAAAUGGAUUCAAUACCGGGUAUACACCUCUCUGCUUAAUCUGACAGAAAUAUUUCUCUCUCUCAUUCACUCACACGUCCAUGGCACUGCCAAGCAAAAACAGGACCAGACCCAGCUUUUUUCCGUUUUCCCUAUCUGUUUCAAAUCACCAUCGUUAAACAUACGUACGUUGUCAAAUGCACACAGUUCAAUGCAGAGCCAUAAGGGGCCAGAGCAUUUAUGGACUCGUCAAUCAGUUUGAAUCAAAGUCAUUCUGGGCAGUAUUCUUAAAGUUGUAUGUGGAUUUACUACACACAUUUCACAUAUCUAUACACAAAUAAGUUACCUUUUAGACACCAAUACAACAUAAAAAUGACAUUUCCGUCUUUCCUUUUACAUACACUGAUUUCCAUAUUUUGAGAUAGGACAUGUUUUUAAACGUGUUCACAAGUUUUUCACUAAUUUUUGCAUGCUGAUAAAACGCUUUUUGAAAAUCCAUUCAUCAAGAAGAACUUCAUCAGGUAUAUUGGAUCAGUUGGUUUUUGCCGAAACCUAUUUGAAUGCCUCUAUCUCUGGAGGGAAAGUAUCCACAAGCUCUUCAAAAGCAGCAGGUAUGUCAUCAGAAGGCACAAAAUUUAAAGCAGAUAACAUUUAGACAUGUAAGGGAACCUUUUCAUUCUGUUUGUAAGCGUCCACUAAAUUAAACUCCUGCACUUUUCUCCACAGCAACUGUCUGAGAUGGAAAAGCAACCCACUAGCUACGCGCAUUUGUUACUACAUGCUUUUGUCCAGAGCGCUUUUGUCUGUGCACCCCAAUGAAGAAGAAAAGACACUUGUACAGAAAGAAUGUGCAAAGAAAUGUACAAUUGCUGCCAUAAUGUGUUGCACUGUUAGGUCUGUUGAUCGCAAUAUCGCAGAGCAUCAGUGCUUUACACCACCAGCAAAUGAAUUCAAAGCAGGGAUGAAGCUAGAGGCUCAGGACCCUCGCAAUACAACUUCUACUUGCAUAGCAACAGUUGUGGGGUUAACAGGUGCCAGGCUUCGCCUGCGGCUUGAUGGCAGUGACAAUAAAAAUGACUUUUGGCGUUUGGUUGAUUCAUCAGAAAUUCAGCCAAUUGGAAAUUGUGAGAAGAAUGGAGGCAUGCUUCAACCACCUUUGGGUUUUCGACUGAAUGCUUCUUCUUGGCCUAUGUUUCUUUUAAAAACACUAAAUGGAGCAGAGAUGGCACCAGUCCGAAUAUUUCAUAAGCAGGAACCUCCCGCCCCUGCACAAAACUACUUCAAAAUUGGAAUGAAACUAGAGGCAGUUGAUCGUAAGAACCCUCAUUUUAUCUGCCCUGCCACCAUUGGAGAAGUGCGGGGUGUAGAGGUGCUGGUCACCUUUGAUGGAUGGAGGGGAGCCUUUGAUUAUUAUUGCCGCUAUGACUCACGUGACAUCUUUCCAGUUGGCUGGUGCGCCCUUACUGGAGAUAACCUACAACCACCAGGCACCAAAGUAGUGUUGCCAAAGAGCCUUAGCAUACCUGCAGAGGGUGUCACAGAGUCUCCCAGCAUGCACCCUAUAGGCAAGGGAACUGCGGUACAAAGAGGCAGAAAGCCAGGACGCAGAAGAGGGAGACAACCAAUGAACUGGCUACAUAAAGGAGGAACUGCCCAGCAUGGAAUGGCUAAUAAUUCCAAAUCUGUAAAACCUAUUAAAAUUCCAAAAAAGAGAGGACCCAAGCCAGGCACCAAGAGAAAGCCCCGUGUUGUGCCUAAUCCUGCACCAACCUCACCAACCAGUAGUACUCCAGAACCUGAUACCAGCAGUGUGCCUCAGGACAAUGCUACAAUUCCCACAUCUGCUCUUCAGGCUCCUACGGUGUGUGUGUACCUGAACAAAAGCGGCAAUGUGGGCCCUCACCUGGACAAGAAGAAAGUGCAGAUGCUUCCGGAUCACUUUGGCCCAGCUCGAGCAUCAGUGGUUCUGCAACAGUCUGUCCAGGCCUGUAUUGACUGUGCCUACCAACAAAAAACUGUCUUCUCGUUCCUUAAACAAGGUCAUGGAGGCGAAGUGAUUUCAGCCACAUUUGACAGAGAACAGCAUACUUUGACGCUUCCAGCAGUCAACAGUGUUACUUAUAUUCUCCGAUUUUUGGAGAAACUGUGCCACAAUUUGCGUAGUGACAACUUAUUUGGAAACCAGCCAUUUACACUUGGCACUGUUGUGCAGCACAACCUCUUAGAAUUUGAGUGCGGCACGUACAUCCCAGAUAGGAAGUGUUAUGGUGAAAGUCCCCUUCUUGUUCCUGGUCGAGGAAGCAAAAGAUACCAGGAUUCUCCACCCUAUAGUGCUCCCCUCUCCCCAAAACUUACUAAAAAUGACCGACACCCCACAGAAGCGGAAACGUUCCAAAUAGAGAGUGGUCUCCCUGCAGCAACUGAACAUCGCCUCGACAGCUUUGAGUCACCUCUUGCAUCUAUAAACUCUGCUAGCCCGUCCAGGAGAGACUUCCGUUCGCCAUCCUUCAGAACACUAACACAAAGCAGCAGUCUGCCAAACUCACUGCAACGCCUUGGCUCCGGGGACCGGUUCUUAAGCUCACGAGACAGCCCACGUUCCUUUAGCAGGGAUCCCAAUCUUUGGACAGUUGAUGAUGUUAUGCAGUUUGUUCGAGAUGCUGAUCCCCAGCUUGGACCACAUGCUGAGCUUUUCAGAAAACACGAAAUUGAUGGGAAGGCUUUACUCCUGCUGCGCAGUGACAUGAUGAUGAAAUACAUGGGCCUAAAGUUGGGCCCUGCACUCAAACUCACCUUCCAUAUAGACAGACUCAAACAGGGCAAGUUCUAAGGAAGUGUUUAAUACUUUUUUUUAUAAACUGAUGCACUAAUAAGAGAUUCUAUGACAAGGAGAAGGUGGAGCAAGGUCCUAGCACAAUAACUCUGUGAGAUUUUGGGCCAGCGGUGUUCCCUUCAGUCUCUCCCAGCCCUGAUGUAGCAAGCUGAUGUGAAGUCAAGUGCAGAAAUUGAGACCUCAGAGGAGCUUUUGUUUUUUUAUUCUGUUACAAACCAACAAUUUUUAUAACAUAACUAUUCAAAAAGAGAAUAAAAAACAGUUUAUCUUUAA